UGUUGCCACUUUAUCUUUAUGGUAUCCAGCGGUAUAACAAAAGGCUAUUAAAUACAAUUCCCAAAGUAUAUAGCAUAUACUGCUCUAUGCUUUUCAAUUUGAGUGUGACAAAGAGAGAAAUUGAAUCUCAUUGAAAAUGGAAACACCUUUGGUGAAGAAAAACUUAACACCAGAAAGUGAUUAUUUGGCAGUGAAAAGGUUGAAGGAUGUUAAAUAUGUGCUAUGGAAUGAGACAGCGAAGAUAUGGAGGAUAGCAGUUCCAGUGGCUUUGUGUUCACUUUUUCAGUAUCUUAAUUACACUUCGACUUCAAUCUAUGCUGGUCAUCUUGGAGACAUUGAGCUCUCUUCUGUCUCUCUUUAUCUAAGUGUCAUCACUUCUAUCUAUUACUCCUUGCUGUUUGGUAUGUCAACAGCAUUAGCAACAGUAUGUGGGCAAGCUUAUGGUGCAGGACAAUUUCAAAAUGCUGGUAUUUAUGUUCAAAGAUCAUGGAUUAUACUCUUAACCACUUGCAUAUUCCUCUUGCCUAUUCAUAUAUAUGCAACUCCAAUCUUAAAAUAUCUUGGCCAAGAACAAAAAAUAGCUGAUCUAGCUGGCAAAUAUGCUAUUCUAGUAAUUCCCUACAUGUUUUCCUAUGCUAUCAAUCUACCGAUCAAGAAAUUUCUUCAAGCACAAAGCAAAGUUAAUGUUAUUAUGUACAUAGCAAUCAUGACAUUACUCAUACAUAAUGGUUUACUUUACAUCUUUACCCAUGUAUUUGAUUGGGGAAUAAUUGGCUUAGCAAUGGCAAGUAAUAUAACAGGAUGGAUAUUUUCUGUUGCAUUGGUAAUUUAUACCAUUGGUUGGUGUAAAGAAGGAUGGAAUGGAUUAUCUUGGAUGGCUUUUAAGGAAUUAUGGGAAUUUGCUAAACUAAGUAUUGGUUCAUCUGUAAUGAUCUGCUUAGAACAAUGGUAUUCUGCUUGCAUUAUGCUGCUUGCUGGUCAUCUUGAUAAUCCUGUCAUUGCUAUUGGUUCCUUUUCAAUUUGCCUUAAUAUUCAAAGUUGGAAAACCAUGCUGUUUCUUGGAGUCAGCACAGCACUAAUUGUUCGUGUGUCUAAUACACUUGGCAUGUCGCAUCCAAGAGCAGCCAAAUACUCCUUCUUGGUGACAAUGUUUGAGUCUCUUCUCAUUGGAAUCAUUUUCAUGAUUGUGAUUUUCUUAAGUAAAAACAAAUUUGCCAUCAUCUUUACCAACAGUAAGGAUAUUAUACAUGCUUCGAGUGAAUUAGCAUACCUUCUUGGUAUUUCCAUGGUUCUCCAUAGUGUUUCACAAACUAUAUCAGGUGUUGUAAUUGGUUGUGGAUGGCAAGUUAUGGUUGGUUACAUAAACUUGGCAUGUUAUUACAUUGUUGGACUCCCUAUUGGAAUUUUUCUUGGUUUCCACCAGCAUCUAGGGGUCAAGGGUCUGUGGGGAGGCACAAUGUGUGGCAGUAUUCUCCAGAUUUUCGUGCUCAUAUCCAUUAUUUGUAAGACCAACUGGAGCAAGGAGGUAGAGAAAACAGCUAGUCGCAUGCGAAUUUGGAACUCUACCAAACUUCAAAAGGAUGUGAUAGAAAAUGGUGUCUGACAAAUGAAUAGAGUUAUAAAUGUUGAGUUGCAAAUCAUAUGUGUAUUGCACAUACAUUUUCUACAGCGCGCGACUCGACUUGUGAAAUCUAUCAACAUCAGAAGCCCUUAAAAUAUCAUGGUGUGCUCACAAAUAAAACCCGGCGUGCACCAAGUUAUAACAUGUCUUCCACAUCAACGCAAAGCAUGAAUCACAAUUCAUUAGCUUACAGAUGAAAUGUGAAUGCACAUUCAUUAACUUAGAUUUAAACUAAAAUUUAGGAAAAACAUAAGUAUUAUAAAUUUUAGAGAAAUAAAUUAUUAUGGAGCUUUUUGGAGUUAGUAACAGUUUCCUACCAUUGAAGUUUCAUCAUUUAAGUUUAUGAUUUGUGUAUUAUUUAUGUAAAUUCUAUGUUAUUGUUUAAUUUUUCUAUGAGUAGCUAAAUUACUACUUGUAAGGGAUGAGUUCUUGUAGUCAUAACGUUAUACCCCUAUUUGUUAUCGUUAUGUUAAUGGGUUGUCUUUUGUCAUUUAUCUAGUAUUUGC